AUGGUAGUGUUGACCAGACAACGCUGGUUUGAAUCUCAUUUCUGUGUAAGCACCAACGACGUCGACAUAACCGCCAAAAGAGCAAUCCGAUAUCUCGGAUUCGAGCUCGACGACAAACUCUCCUUUAGAGACAAUCUGCGUAAAACAACUGGGAAAGCCGGAAAAACUGUAAGCAACCUUGCGAAACUUAUGUUCAAUACGGCUGGACCAAAGUACGAAACGAGACGUAUACUCUUAAGCGUGGUUCAUUCAAUCCUGCGCUAUGGUGCUGAGGUCCGGGCAGACAAAACGAGAAUAAAAACGUUCCGCAGCAAACUUACCUCAGUUCAGAGAAAAGCUGCUCUCCGUGUCGCCUGUGCUUAUAGGACAGUCUCUGAGGCUGCGAUACUUGUUCUAGCAAAAGCUACGCCAAUGGACCUGAUGGCGCAAGAACGUAGGAGAAUACAUCAACGACGACAAGAUGGAAGCCUCGACAGCAACGCAGUGAAGGCGGAGAAACGGCGUACACUCAAUGAGUGGAACCAUCGCUGGCAAAACUGCACUCGAAGACAAUCCGGGGAACCAGAGCCGGUAAAGUAG